GAGCAAAGAAUGCAAAGGCUAGGGAGGAAAUGAACGUACUGUAAACAGGAAGUACUUUCAUUUUAUCCUAAAGUCCAGGUGGUGUCUGCUGAAGGGCCUAAAAAGCAGCGAACCAAGCUUCAUUCCUGGUAAAUAGGCGCUGUACCACAAAUCAUAAGGUGGAGCAGAAGACAGCAGGAGUUGCCGUUUUUGACCUCUUCCCUGUACUAUUUGGUCCCUGAGAUGACAUCACAGCAGCCUCAACUCCACGGUGGGGCUCUUCAUCACCAGGUUGCCCACAAUGACUCAGCACAGCAAGCCCAGCCUCAUUUUCAGGCUCAUCCACUUGACUCAAACCAGAGCAGCGCCACGGCUGGCCGUACGGACAACAGAGCUCUUCCACGCCGGCCGGGAUGUUCCAAUUUGGCGACAACUAGUGGAGUUUCUGCCUGUUUUGUGAACUCCAACAUAUCCAGAGGAUCAAGGAGUUUUGAGCCUUGGCCUGAGGAGGCGGUGGACAGGUCACAUGGUUUGAACUCUCUACACCGCAUGUUUGACAUAGUUGGAGCCCAACUCACACAUCGGGACGUUAGAGUACUGUCUUUUUUGUUUGUGGAUGUGAUUGAUGAGUAUGAGCGUGGCGGCAUCCGGAGUGGAAGGGAUUUCUUGUUGGCCCUGGAGCGCCAGGGUCGCUGUGACGAGACCAACUUUCAACACGUGCUCCAGCUUCUGAGGAUUAUCACUCGCCAUGACCUGUUGCCUUAUGUCACGCUUAAGAAACGCCAGGCCGUGUGCCCAGAUCCUGUUGACAAGUACCUGGAAGAGACAUCGGUGCGCUACAUUUCACCUAGAGGAGCCAUGAAGAGCAGGGAUAGUGCGCCUCACAGAAUGGCAGGACCCUAUGUUGGCCCAUCCCGGGUGAAACCAGCUCCUCCUGCACCUAACGGCAUGUGGAAGAGAAGCCAGUCUUCGUCCGACUUCAGAGAGAAGCAAACUUGUGAUAUCCGCUUGCGUGUUCGCGCCGAAUACUGCCAGCACGACUCGGCCCUCCAGGGCAACAUCUUUUCCAACAAACAAGAAGCGGUGGAGCGACAGUUUGAGCGCUUCAACCAGGCCAACACCAUCCUCAAAUCUCGUGACUUGGGCUCCAUCAUCUGUGACAUCAAGUUCUCUGAGCUCACCUACCUGGAUGCUUUCUGGAGAGACUACAUCAACGGAUCAUUGUUAGAGGCCCUGAAGGGAGUUUUCAUCACAGAUUCUCUUAAGCAGGCUGUAGGCCACGAGGCGAUAAAACUGUUGGUCAACGUGGAUGAGGAGGAUUACCAGGCGGGCCGACGCAGACUUCUUUGUAAUUUAGUGACAAGUGGAGAUCCUCCCGGAGGUAGUAAAGUCUGUGUGUCUUAGACAUUAUCCCAAAGCGGAAGGAAUAAAACUGUGCCUCCCCAUGGGGAAUAGAUUUGAGAUGAGGACGUUGCACAUGAGAUGCUUGUCUGAAAUGUGUGUAUGUGUCUGGAAGUGAAGAAAAUGUCCAACAAUCCCAUUGAUUCCUUUAGAGCAAUGGCUGGAGGAUAGUUGGCACCCCGACGUAUAGCAUGCAAGGUGACGGGGGACUUCGCCAGCGAGAAGAAGUACAGUAAGUGAUGCAAACACUUUAACAUUCAAUUUAAUAGGAAUGGGUUCAUUUUCUUUGAAAGAAGGAAAAUGCAUUGUGGUUUUAUUCCCGCACAGAAAAAAAGGCUCAAUGCUGUCAACUUUUUGCUUUUUUUUUUUUUAGAUAAUUUAUUUUUCCAGCUCAUAUUGGUUGUAUUAACCCAUUAAGAGCGUGUUUUUGUAUGUUCUGUAAAGCACCCAUUUUAGUAGCCCCUCAACCCCGCCCCCUUGUUUCCUGUGUGUUUUUAUCGCACCUCAUCUGUUUAUGACCAUGUUGUAGUGGAUCGUAUUUGGCCACUGACCUGUCAAUGUCCUUUUUAGAUCUUUUAUCCUACAUAGCAGUCAUUCAUGACCAGUGUUUUAAAUGCAUAGAGCCUCGUUUCCAGUAGGACAAAGGAUAAGGCCCUUGUUAUUAAUGCUUGUGAUGCAAUACAAACAAUUGUCAAA